UCAUUUCACCAAAGUCACAGCGCACAUUAAAAAAAAAAGUCACAGCGCAGGCGAGAGGGAAAGGGCAAAGGCGACGCGAACUGGGAGGCGGCUCCUGCCGCCCUCAGCCGACCCCCGCGUCCUCGGCGUCGGCGAGAUGACGGCGAUGCUCCGAUCUGCGCUUGGGUCCGCGCUCCGGCCUCCCGCACCGGCCUCCCGCUUCUUCCGCAAGGGCGUCUCCGGAAGCCGCGACGCCACAAGGCGGAAGUUGUCCUCCAGUGGCCGAGAUGGAUCAAACAACAGCACACCUGCCGAUCUUUUUGGUGAUGGUUCCUCCAAGACCUGGAGAAGGCCAGAAGUUGUGUUUAUCACCGCAGCAGCCCUCUCAAUGGCUACCUACACAUACAUUGUGAAUGGGAAGACCGUGUUAGGGUACCAGCGUGAAGUGAUGGAGAACCAGGACGAGGUGAAGCCGGAGAAAGACAACGCCAUCUAGUUCUCGUCGAUCUCUAAAAAAUACAAGGCCGAGCCGACCUCUUCGAUUGCAACAUAUUUGGGACCCUUGUACUGGCUUGAAAGCAAAAGUGUCAUGUAAUUUGAGAGGAGGGUCGGUACAAUUUGAUGUGCUGGUGUUGGAAAUAUGACUGAAGUGGUUGUAUUUCGAUAUGCAGGUGUCUUCCAGUUAUUCGCUGUCA